AUGCCUUCACACAGGGAUACAAUCAUAAUUGGUGUCUCCGUUGGGGUUGGGUUUCUGGUGUUCUGGGCCUUAAGCGCAUGCAUUUUCGUUUUUCGCAGGAGGAGGAUGAAGAAGAGAGAAAUGGUGAUCGACCAACCUAUCAUAAUAGGCCCCGAGCGACGGACUGUAGCGCAGCUGUUGCGACCUCCGUCGCCCAAUCCUUACGACAACGUGGGGCAUGCCUCUCUUCCUCCAACAUCUCUUGGGCUUCCUUCCUACCGAACAGAUACGCCUGUCCGUUCAAGUAGAAUCUUAGAAAUCUACGGGUCAACCCCCACAGCCGAUCAGAGGCAUCAAUUAGCGUCGCCGUUGCAAGCUUCUCUGUCGCCCGAGUCUUACAACAUCGUCGUCCCAGAUAUCCCUGAGUCAGCAUUUGGCAACAGGCCAAAACCCACAGAUGCUAGUGAGCUGAUGCUAGAUCUAGAAGUCUCUGAGUCAGAAAUUCGCUACAUGGCAGACCCUACAAAUGUCAGUGAGCUGAUAGCGUUUCUUGCUUUGUAUGGAAAGGAGGGGCUCGCUCUUCGUGAGCUUUUGAUGCUCGCUUCGAUUCGAUACUCCAGAAACCUAGAUGUAUCUUCAAUAAAGCAGUGGUCUUUCGAAAUAAGUCCCGGUAAAGGAGACGAAAUGUUUGACUUUCUAAUGCAGAGGAAUUUUCUACGGUCACUAACGCUUUGUGCACGUCGAGAGCAAGACAUCAUGCGACUACGCGACGCACUCGUACUAAAAAACCUCAUCAAAGUGAGCUACAGGUCAGAGGCCAGGUCAAGUUCAUCCCGUCAUUUCGAGACAACCUGGGCUGUUGAUGGCCAAAUAUGGAUCGCUACUCAAGGAGAUUCUCUUCUUCGAGAGCACGGUCGUGAAUAUGUGGAAAUGAUCUACAACAACCUCUGUCAACAUUUGCUACAAACGUUCACCCUGAUUCCUGGUAAGACAGACUUCUGCACUUCACAGCGGCAGAUCGGAAGCUACAAGUACCAUGCGAAAUUUUUCAAAUCUUUCAUUUGGGAACGUAUGAACCACGGAGAGAAAUGGGGUUUUGGAAGGUCGGGGGGUUCACCGCAGAUGUUCGCCUACGUCAAUCUGAUGCUUCAACUCAUCAUUCAUCAAGCUUUACCGGAUGAAGAUCCGAUGACUAUAAUUCUCACCUCUUUGAUGAAUUCCGCCUCUUUGAUGAAUACCACCUCUUUAAUGAAUACCACCUCUUUGGCCAGAAAUGAGCUUGCAAGUCUUGCAAAAUCGCAUAUGAAAAGCUUCAGGGAUUCCAAAGUUUCAUCACUAUCAAUCCCACCACAAGUCCUCACGGGCGAUGCUGGAGAGCGAGAAUUAGCAUUGAUCGGCCUCCAUUGCGACCUUUUUCUUUGCGAAGGAAAGGAGCGCAAGGCUGGGGUUUUGUUAGAAAGGGGGCUCUACGACAUUCAGACUAUGCGUGAUGAUUACAUCAGCUCAAUUCGCGUAGUUAUGCGAUCUCGGCUCCUAAAGAUCAAAAUGCAGCUGACGGACUUUUCGAGCGUGAAGAACCUCUGUCUCGAUCAACUGAGAGAUGCUAGUACUUCGUAUACACAUGCACAGGAACACUUUCAGUGGAUCAUCGAAGAGGCAGUCGAAUGCGCGGACGCGCUCGCCGACAUGGGAUAUUGUUCCGAAUCCUCAAUUAUAUUCUCGACGCUUUCGAAGCUAGUCGAUGCCAAAAAUCAUCCAUUACCAUCUAGUCUGCUCAAAUACUCCAAAGAUAGGUGCAAAAUGGUGUUAGAUGUGCUACGCUCACAUCCAGAAAGUGGCACGUACCGCGCACGGGAACACAAGACUCUAAGUGCAGAUGAUGAAAUUGUUCCACAUUAUAAUAGAAGUCCUCUCACAGCACAGGUGCCUGCCUCUGAUGCCAUAAAGUCAGAAUCACGUUUGAAUCCUUCGACCCACGAUCUGAUUCGAGAUAUGUUCUCAGCCGAGCUGAAUGUUUCGGAUCCUGGCUCAGGCAAAAUUCAAAAAUCUGAGACCGCUCCACCGCAUCAAAUAGCGCGAACGCCUGUUGCUCCGUUAGGCCAGCGGAUCGCCAUGCGUCAAAAGGCAGCAUUGCUUAGAUCAUUUCGGCUCCGAUCUGCCUCAAGAAAGGAUGUAGAAGCCAACCUAGCCAACCUUGAGCUACCAGACGUCCCAACAAACGAGCCGAGAGCCAUGAAGGACCCAAAAAAGAAAAGACGUGAAGUAGAGAUGGCUUAA